GCGGCGGGAUGGAGGAGGAGGAAGAGAGCGGCCCUGGGGCCGCCACCGCCUGCAGGGCCUCCACGUCUGCCUCCCACUACGAGCUGCCAUGGGUGGAGAAAUAUCGGCCCGUGAAGCUGAACGAGAUUGUCGGCAACGAGGACACCGUGAGCCGGCUGGAGGUCUUUGCCAAGGAAGGGAACGUCCCCAACAUUAUCAUCGCGGGCCCCCCCGGGACUGGGAAGACCACCAGCAUCCUGUGCCUGGCGCGGGCCUUGCUGGGCCCGGCCCUGAAGGAUGCCGUCCUAGAACUGAACGCUUCAAAUGACAGGGGAAUCGACGUGGUGCGCAACAAGAUCAAGAUGUUCGCGCAGCAGAAGGUGACGCUGCCCCGCGGCCGCCACAAAAUCAUCGUCCUGGACGAGGCGGACAGCAUGACGGACGGGGCCCAGCAGGCCUUGAGGAGAACCAUGGAAAUCUACUCCAAAACCACCCGCUUUGCCCUGGCCUGCAACGCCUCCGACAAGAUCAUAGAGCCGAUCCAGUCUCGCUGCGCGGUCCUGCGCUACACCAAGCUGACGGACGCACAGGUCCUGGCGCGGCUCCUGAAAGUCAUCGAGAAGGAAAACGUGCCGCACUCGGACGACGGCCUGGAGGCCAUUGUUUUCACCGCCCAGGGGGACAUGAGGCAGGCUCUGAAUAACUUACAGUCCACCUAUUCCGGCUUUGGCUUCAUCAGCAGCGAGAAUGUUUUCAAGGUCUGUGACGAGCCUCACCCCUUACUGGUCAAAGAGAUGAUCCAGUACUGUGUGCACGCCAAUAUUGACGAAGCCUACAAGAUCCUCGCUCACCUGUGGCGCCUGGGCUACUUGCCAGAGGACAUCAUUGGCAACAUUUUCCGGGUGUGUAAGACCUUCCAGAUGGCCGAGUACCUGAAACUGGAGUUCAUCAAGGAGAUCGGAUACACCCACAUGAAGGUGGCCGAAGGCGUCAACUCCCUCCUGCAGAUGGCCGGCCUCCUGGCCAGGCUGUGUCAGAAGACGGUCGCGCCCGCCGCCAGCUAGAUGAUGGAGCCCGGGGCCGCACCAGAUUCCCGGCUUCUCCCCGCCCCAAGCCGAACUUCUCCGUCCAGGGCCCACAGACCAGGAUGGAGAGGCCCGGGACCGGCGGGCCUGAGACACGAUCUUCCUGCCGCUCUCGGCCUCAAGCAAUAAAAUACCGGGCCGAAUUUCAGCUCA